AUGUCCAACGAUGUCAGAUAUUGCGAGAAGUUCUCCUACGUCUUUCUAAAGUUCGCCCUCAUUUUAUAUUCCACUAUCUUCUGGGUGAGUAGCCUAUGCUUAAUACAGACUCUAUGCAAAUAACACAGGGCGUAUAAACGGACUCGCGCAUUUAACCAUGAAUAUUCUUCCUUGAUGGUGUUUGUGAAACACAAAAGGGCAAUGCGUAAAUAUUGUCCACUAGCCUAUUAGGAUUGUUGAUAACUUAAAAGUUAGAUUGGAUCGACAGGUGUCCGAUCUUGUAGCCUACACACGGUUCAUUUUGGGAUUUUGGGCUGGUGGUUUGAUAGGCAUCUGAACGUCGUAUCGUAACCACACCCUCUGGAGGUGACAUUUUACACACUGGCUACUGUUGCCAUUUCAAUGAUAUACACGAUUAAUUUGAAGGAUUAGCUACCUACAACUGUCUUACCAUAACAACAAAAGUAGGCCUAUUGAUGGUCUCAUGGAAUGUCAUAUUUUCUAGAGGAUGUGUAUUGGCAAAUAGCAAAUAAAGUACUAUUUGCAAAGAAAAUGUCAGGGGUAUUAAUUUGCUACAUUGUUUAUGUUUUUGCUGGUGGCUCACUCCUGAGUCUGAUGGAAUGCACAUUUGACAGUGUGUGGCUUUAAAGGGCAUGUGACCGACAGUAUAAGUGUUAAUAAAUGCCAUGUCACGUUUGGAUAAAUAAAGGAUUAUACAUGAGAAGAGUUAGUGCAUAGGAUAUCUUUAUAGUCCAGCUUAUUUCAUCUGUCAGUAGAAUGAGAUCUACAAUGGCUUGUGAUAAAUUGUUGGUGCACAAAGUGCAUUAUGCCCCCUAUACUCAAGGUUGGCAUUUAAAUCCAUUAAACAAGCAAAACAUGUCUUUCAUGGUUAUUUUCUUCAAUAGUUAAAUGGAACCAAUGUUUUGUGAUCUUGAUGGAUGAUCUGAAUAUUUAUUGGUGAUCCUUAAAUGGAUGUUUUGCAUAGAGAGUAAAGAAAUAAUCAUUGUUCAGGGGUUUUCAGUUAUUCAAAUAGACCAUGUUUCACCCUGUACAAUCUUUGGUUUCAAUAAAGCGAAUAGAUUUGAGACUGAAUAGACCAACAAGGUUCCUGCAUUGUUAGGGUUAACAAUAUUUCUACACAAUAUUGUGUUGAUAAUGGCUGUGUGGGCCACUACUGGGCAUAAUGGAUUCAAAUGUGGGCAUCUUUAGUGUUGUCACAAGUCUCUACCACACAUUCACACACCUACAGUGACACCACACACACACAUACACACACACAUACAGAUAUUGGCUCGGAACAAUCUGCCAAGUUUGUUAUGUUGCCAAACUUUGAAAAGUAGCUUUUGAGUUACUCAAAGGAGGAACGAACAAAUCAAAUGGUUACUCAAAGGAGGGACUGUAUUCAGUGACGGAUUCACCCAAGUGAGUGUUUGGAAAAUUGACAGGAAAUCCUGCAGGUCAUCCAACAGGAAUCCUGCAUGAAAAUCCUAUAGUCUGAUAAUUAUUUAUAAUUUCAUGUUUCGUGCAUGGAGUUUUUACCUUCUCAAAUGUUUUGCCUUUGCAUUCCUGUAGGCCUAAUAUUAAAGGUAUAACUGCACUGGUCUCAGAUAUAAGGUAAGCGUCUCCCUAUAAGCUCAUAAUGUCGGCUCAUAAUAAUGUCCAGAACGUAGAGAAUGGAAUGGGAUCAAAUAUGUGGACACCAGGUGUUUAAUGUAUUUGAUACCAUUCCACUGACUCCGCUCCAGCCUUUACCAUGAGCCCAUCCUGCCCAAUUAAGGUGCUACCAACCUCCUGUGAACAUAAACAAAAUGCUGCAAUCUGUUGGAUUUCUCCUGGCAGGCAUUUCUGUCAAGGAGUUGUAUUCCAGUCCACUGACUCUGUGACGUAGCUUCACCAGGUUCACUCACAAGGCUUCAGAGUGUGUGCAUGAAUAGUGGCAUGUAGGUUCGUUAUACAGUUUUGCUGAUGUCCAUUUUCUUUUAUAGAAACAUGCUGAAAUCCAGCUUUUAUAGAUAAAAAAAAUUUUUUAAAAUAAUAAUGUGCUCACUGUUUGCUGCUUCCAAUAAGUUGAUACAGAUAUUGAGUACUUUGCCAUAGGGAAGAAUGGUAAGAUAAAGAGUCAGGUCACAAAAUCAGGCUGAUGAAUGUGAACCCCUGCAGGUUGUUGAGAAUCCACAGAGCCAUGGCAAUGUGUUGCAAUGUCUGGACCCCCUCGUAAUACCAGAUGGGUAUUGGAUUAUGGAUUUGUCAGUAUUGUUUUAAACAACAGUGUGUGUAUCUGCUCAACAACUAGAAUAUGAAAAAAAAAUGUAACAGUAUUUGACCUGGAAACAUAUCAAGUAUUUGAAGCAAAAAUUAUUAUUCUACGACCUAGAUAUCAAAGAAGAGAAGCUAAAUGCCUUUUACGGAGGUGUUUCAUUUUAAGGAUUUGACGUGAUUAUCUGAAUCACAUGCAAGUCAAGAGGUACUUAUCAUUAGCAAUAGUCAUCAGCAAUUAGAUUAAUUAGUGUUAUUUUAUGUGCAUUGAGUGUCCUGUUAAAUAUAUCUAGUAGUGAUGCACUCACACAGUCACUGAAACGUUCGGACUGACGUCAACUCUUACAUCUUGGAUGCUUUUAGUAGCCUACCGUCAUGCCAUAUAAAGUCAUAUAAGCCAUUGAAAAACAAGUCGCUAUUAUCAAAAGAGGUUCAUGAAUAGAACCAAGGAUGGUAUUUUGUUCCACUGAAGUUGCUUCUAUUAAGAGGACAGUGACAGGGCCGGGUAUGUUUGACUUUCUGUCCUGUGGGAACACUCAUGCGUACCAGCACCGUCUUUGAGCACUGUCUUUGAGCACCGUCUUUUAGCGAUCACUGAUUUACUACUUCCACAACUCGCGACAGCUUGAGGUCAUGGUCCCUUGUCUCUGCUGAUGUUCCUCUCUAGACCAGCAGACAGACAAGCUGCCUUACCCUCUGGUGCACAAUUCCACAUGGUAUGUUUAACCUUAGGACAGCGUUUUACUGUGUUGUGAGCACACUGUACACAGAAACGAAUACAAACCCUUACGAAAAAAGAUUGCAGUACGCUACAAAUACUGCAGCCAAAAUAUAUAUAUAUAAAUUUUUUGCAGUGUAAGUGCAGUUACAUUUUUACAUUUACAUUUUAGUCAUUUAGCAGACGGUCUUAUCCAGAGCGUCUUACAGUUAGUGAGUGCAUACAUACAGUGGGGAGAACAAGUAUUUGAUACGCUGCCGAUUUUGCAGGUUUUCCUACUUACAAAGCAUGUAGAAGUCUGUAAUUUGUAUCAUAGGUACACUUCAACUGUGAGAGACGGAAUCUAAAACAAAAAUCCAGAAAAUCACAUUGUAUGAUUUUUAAGUAAGUAAUUUGCAUUUUAUUGCAUGACAUAAGUAUUUGAUCACCUACCAACCAGUAAGAAUUCCGGCUCUCACAGACCUGUUUCUUCUUUUUUAAGAAGCCCUCCUGUUCUCCACUCAUUACCUGUAUUAAUUGCACCUGUUUGAACUUAUCUGUAUAAAAGACACCUGUCCACACACUCAAUCAAACAGACUCUAACCUCUCCACAAUGGCCAAGACCAGAGAGCUGUGUAAGGACAUCAGGGAUAAAAUUGUAGACCUGCACAAGGCUGGGAUGGGCUACAGGACCAUAGGCAAGCAGCUUGGUGAGAAGGCAACAACUGUUGGCGCAAUUAUUAGAAAAUGGAAGAAGUUCAAGAUGACGGUCAAUCACCCUUGGUCUGGGGCUCCAUGCAAGAUCUCACCUCGUGGGGCAUCAAUGAUCAUGAGGAAGGUGAGGGAUCAGCCCAGAACUACACAGCAGGACCUGGUCAAUGACCUGAAGAGAGCUGGGACCACAGUCUCAAAGAAAACCAUUAGUAACACACUACGCCGUCAUGGAUUAAAAUCCUGCAGCGCACGCAAGGUCCCCCUGCUCAAGCCAGCGCAUGUCCAGGCCCGUCUGAAGUUUGCCAAUGGCCAUCUGGAUGAUCCAGAGGAGGAAUGGGAGAAGGUCAUGUGGUCUGAUGAGACAAAAAUAGAGGUUUUUGGUCUAAACUCCACUCGCCGUGUUUGGAGGAAGAAGAAGGAUGAGUACAACCCCAAGAACACCAUCCCAACCGUGAAGCAUGGAGGUUGAAACAUCAUUCUUUGGGGAUGCUUUUCUGCAAAGGGGACAGGACGACUGCACCGUAUUGAGGGGAGGAUGGAUGGGGCCAUGUAUCGUGAGAUCUUGGCCAACAACCUCCUUCCCUCAGUAAGAGCAUUGAAGAUGGGUCGUGGCUGGAUCUUCCAGCAUGACAACGACCCGAAACACACAGCCAGGGCAACUAAGGAGUAAGAAGCAUCUCAAGGUCCUGGAGUGGCCUAGCCAGUCUCCAGACCUGAACCCAAUAGAAAAUCUUUGGAGGGAGCUGAAAGUCCAUAUUGCCCAGUGACAGCCCCGAAACCUGAAGGAUCUGGAGAAGGUCUGUAUGGAGGAGUGGGCCAAAAUCCCUGCUGCAGUGUGUGCAAACCUGGUCAAGACCUACAGGAAACGUAUGAUCUCUGUAAUUGCAAACAGGUUUCUGUACCAAAUAUUAAGUUCUGCUUUUCUGAUGUAUCAAAUACUUAUGUCAUGCAAUAAAAUGCAAAUGAAUUACUUAAAAAUCAUACAAUGUGAUUUUCUGGAUUUUUGUUUUAGAUUAAGUCUCUCACAGUUGAAGUGUACCUAUGAUAAAAAUUACAGACCUCUACAUGCUUUGUAAGUAGGAAAACCUGCAAAAUCGGCAGUGCAUCAAAUACUUGUUCUCCCCACUGUAUACAGGUAUAGGACGUAAUGAACACCGGAGAAUGUCACCUUUGUAAUAAUAGAUCAGGAUUACAUACUGGUUCAUUAGUGCUGGAGGAGUUACUACUGUGGUCCUCUGUAGUGCAGUUACAUUUUUACAUUUUAGUCAUUUAGCAGACGGUCUUAUCCAGAGCGUCUUACAGUUAGUGAGUGCAUACAUAUAUAUUUUAAUUUUUUUCCAUACUGGACCCCCGUGGGAAACGAACCCACAACCCUGGCGUUGCAAACGCCAUGCUCUACCAACUGAGCUACACGGGACUACAGUUACAGUGCAGUUCAACUGCUUUACACUGCAGUUAUUCUGCAAUUACUGCGUCCAAAAUACCACAGUCGACUGCAGUUAAGGCACUUUUAUUGCAGUUUCAACACUGCAAUCUUUUUUUUGUUUGGGAAAGGCUCUGUGAAUGACAGCCAUCAUGUUUCCUAUGGAUUUUGUAGAGACUGUAUUAUACAGCACUGUAUAGGCCUAUUGCCAGUUUACUGCCGAACUCUGUUCCUCCCUUGUGUGUUUGCAUGUAGAUGAGGAGGUUUACCUAGCAACCAGAUAUAGCGCCCUCCAUUUGGACUGGUAUCAAGGGAUCGAAAAGCCUUGUACUUUCCUGUGUAGGCCUACAUUGCAGUAUCAAUCUCAGUUCAGAAAGCAGUGCCGCCUCAUAGCUGUUUGGUGUGUCUCUUUCAAUUACCGACCACCUGUAGCAUCAGAACAGUCACAAUCGCAACAGCAGAGCUCAGAGCGUUCUACUUGCAAUUAAAACCUCUGGCAUUAUGUGCACAGCCGGUUUCUUUGAAUUACUCACAAUGCUAGAAUCCCUGCAUUGGUGUUUGAAGAGAAAAUCUAUUUGGCCCUGAAGCGGGGAAAGCUGUCCAAUCAGCUGCCUGUGGCACACCUGCCACCUGGGGAAACAGACAUUCAUAGACCCAGAGACACUGAUUCGUUGUCACAGGUAUAGGACGUAAUGAACACCGGAGAAUGUCACCUUUGUAAUAAUAGAUCAGGAUUACAUACUGGUUCAUUAGUGCUGGAGGAGUUACUACUGUGGUCCUCUGUAGCUCAGCUGGUAGAGCACGGCGCUUGUAACGCCAAGGUAGUGGGUUCGAUCCCCGGGACCACCCAUACACAAAAAAAAUAUUAUGCACGCAUGACUGUAAGUCGCUUUGGAUAAAAGCGUCUGCUAAAUGGCAUAUUAUAUUUUUUUAUUAUUAUACUACUCCCAAUAGAAAAUGAAUACAAUCGCAACUGCAAUCGCUUUCCAACCAAGGUCUAUGAACAAGGGAAGCUGGAAGAAAUAUAAUAUUUCACUUUCAAAGUUCACUUACUGUUAAACCAAUGUGUUUCUGUGUUUGCAUUAACAUGUUGUGAAUAAGUGAUUUUAAAUUGUUUCCUAUUAACUAUUGUCAUUACUUUUAAAGAGAGCCCUUCUCCUUUUUUGGAAUUACUUUGACACUUUUAGUAAAAGAUCAGAUGCAUUGCUUUUCUACUAAUGCUUAGCAAACUAAUCGGCUAAUGGACUGCCAAUAACCUUAAUCUCUCAAAUUAGAAUGAAUCUUUGCAUUGAACUGUAUACUCUAAGAACUCUGAAUCAAUGGUUAAUCUAUUACAUCUAAACUGUUAUCUAGCACAGAUGUUAUUUACUGAUGAAUUACCCUCCGCAGGGAGCCAUCCCACUGGGCACAAACUGGUUGAAUCAACGCAAUGUUUUGAAAGUCUUGCCUACUUCACCCAUAUUUGUUGUUUCAGAAAAAAGUAGUGUGUAGUUCCAGUAGUUAGCUGCACCGCUACAUGGUAAAAACAUAUAAUUAACUACUGAAAACACUACCAAGAUUUGAUUCAGUUCAACUACCACCCAGCUACUGCAAAAUGUAGUUAAAUUACUAGUUGAACUACAUAAAUCAGAUUUUUUUUUUACAGUUGAAGUCGGAAGUUUACAUACACCUUAGCCAAAUACAUAUAAACUCAGUUUUUCACAAUUCCUGACAUUUAAUCCUAGUAAAAAUUCCCUGUCUUAGGUCAGUUAGGAUCACCACUUUAUUUUAAGAAUGUGAAAUGUCAGAAUAAUAGUAGAGUGAUUUAUUUCAGCUUUUAUUUCUUUCAUCACAUUCCCAGUGGGUCAGAAGUUUACAUACACUCAAUUAGUAUUUGGUAGCAUUGCCUUUAAAUUGUUUCACUUGGGUCAAAUGUUUCGGGUAGCCUUCCACAAGCUUCCCACAAUAAGUUGGGUGAAUUUUGGCCCAUUCCUCCUGACAGAGCUGGUGUAACUGACUCCGGUUUGUAGGCUUCCUUGCUCGCACACACUUUUUCAGUUCUGCCCACAAAUGUUCUAUAUGAUUGAGGUCAGGGCUUUGUGAUGGCUACUCCAAUACCUUGACUUUGUUGUCCUUAAGCCAUUUUGCCAAAACUUUGUAAGUAUGCUUGGGGUCAUUGUCCAUUUGGAAGACCCAUUUGCGACCAAGCUUUAACUUCCUGACUGAUGUCUUGAGAUGUUGCUUCAAUAUAUCCACAUAAUUUUCCUUCCUCAUGAUGCCAUCUAUUUUGUGAAGUGCACCAGUCCCUCCUGCAGCAAAGCACCCCCACAGCAUGAUGCUGCCACCCCCAUGCUUCACACUUUGGAUGGUGUUCUUCGGCUUGCAAGCCCCCCUUUUUCCUCCAAACAUAACGAUGGUCAUUAUGGCAAAACAGUUCUAUUUUUGUUUCGUCAGACCAGAGGACAUUUCUCCAAAAAGUACGAUCUUUGUCCCCAUGUGCAGUUGCAAACCGUAGUCUGGCUUUUUUAUGGCGGUUUUGGAGCAGUGGCUUCUACCUUGCUGAGAGGCUUUUCAGGUUAUGUCGAUAUAGGACUCGUUUUACUGUGGAUAUAGAUACUUUUGUAACUGUUUCCUCCAGCAUCUUCACAAGGUCCUUUGCUGUUGUUCUGGGAUUGAUUUGCACUUUUCGCACCAAAGUACGUUAAUCUCUCAGAGACAGAACGCGUCUCCUUCCUGAGCGGUAUGAGUGCUGCGUGGUCCCAUGGUGUUUAUACUUGCGUACUAUUGUUUGUACAGAUGAACGUGGUACCUUCAGGCGUUUGGAAAUUGCUCCCAAGGAUGAACCAGACUUGUGGAGGUCUUUGCUGAUUUCUUUUGAUUUUCCCAUGAUGUCAAGCAAAGAGGCACUGAGCUUAAGGUAGGCCUUGAAAUACAUCCACAGGUACACCUCCAAUUGACUCAAAUGAUGUCAAUUAGCCUAUCAGAAGCUUCUAAAGCCAUGACAACAUUUUCUGGAAUUUUCCAAGCUGUUUAAAGGCACAUUCAAGUUAGGGUAUAUAAACUUCUGACCCACUGGAAUUGUCAUCCAGUGAAUUCUAAGUGAAAUAAUCAGUCUGUAAACAAUUGUUGGAAAAAUUACUUAUGUCAUGCACAAAGUAGAUGUCCUAACCGACUUGCCAAAACUAUAGUUUGUUAACAAGAAAUUUGUGGAGUGGUUGAAAAAUGAGUUUUAAUGACUCCAACCUAAGUGUAUGUAAACUUCCGACUUCAACUGUAUAUGAAUAAAGACUUGCUAAAGUGCCCAAAUUCCAGUAUUGGAGUAGUGAACUACAUGUAGUUCAACUAGUAAUUUAUCAACUUAAUUUUGCAGUAGCUUGGUGGUAGUUGUACUGAAUCAAAUCUAGGUAGUCUUUUCAGUAGUUAAUUAUAUUUUUGCGGUGUAGCUAAUUACUGGAACUACACACUACUUUUUUCUGCAAAAAAUAAAAUAUGGGUGAAGUAGGCAAGAAUUUCCUUUCUUUUUCGACAUCUGUAGUCAUGAAAUGCUUUGAUCAUAGCUCACAUCAACACCAUCAUCCCAGACACCCUGGACCCACUCCAAUUCGCAUACCGCCCCAACAGAUCCACAGAUGACGCAAUCUCUAUUGCACUCCACACUGCCCUUUCCCACCUGGACAAAAGGAACACCUAUGUGAGAAUGCUGUUCAUUGACUAUAGCUCAGCAUUCAACACCAUUGUGCCCUCAAAUCUCAUCACUAAUCUAAGGACCCUGGGACUCCCUCUGCAACUGGAUCCUGGACUUCCUGACGGGCCGCCCCCAGGUGGUGAGGGUAGGCAACAACACAACAUCAUUACGUUUUCCUACGUCACGACAGUGGUAGGCCUGAUCAUCAAACGAUGAUGAAACAGCCUAUAGGUCAGAGACCUGGCAGUGUGGUGCAGGACAAUAACCUCUCCCUCAUUGUCAGCAAAGUAGCUGAUCGUGGACUACAGGAAACGGAUGGGCAAGCACGCCCCCAUUCACAUCGAUGGGGCUGUAGUGGAGCGGGUCGAGAGCUUCAAGUUCCUCUGUGUCCACAUCACUAAGGACCUACCAUUGUCCAAACACAUCAACAUAAUAUUGUAGAAGGCACGACAAUGCCUCUUCCCCCCUCAGCAGGCUGAAAAUAUUUGUCAUGGGCCCUCAGAUCCUCAAAGUUCUACAGCUGCACCAUCGAGAGCAUCUUGACUGGCUGCAUCACCGCUUGGUAGUGUUGUCAUGAUACCAGAUAUUUGACUUCGAUACCAGAUUUAGUAUCAUAAUACUCUAUACCGAAACGAUACUCAAUACUGAAAUGAUACCACGACAACAAAAAAAAGCGUAUUAGCUAAAUUUACAGAAUAACCACUGGGCUUUUUAUUAUUAUUAUUAUUUUUUUACAUUGAACUAUGUGUUUAACUCUUAGAACAAAUAAAAUAACAAAUAGAAUAUCUAUUACUUUAUACUAUUCCAGGUAUUCCUUAAAGAGGUAGGGUUUCAAGUGUCUCCGGAAGGUGGUCAGUGACUCCGCUGUCCUGGCAUCGUGGGGGAGCUUAUUCCACCAUUGGGGUGCCAGAGCAGCGAAUAGCUUUGACUGGGCUGAGCGGGAACUGUGCCUCCGUAGAGGUAGGGGAGCUAGCAGGCCAGAGGUGGAUGAACGUAGUGCCCUCGUUUGGGUGUAGGGUCUGAUCAGAGCCUGAAGGUAAGGAGGUGCCAUUCCCCUCACAGCUCUGUAGGCAAGCACCAUGGUUUUGUAGUAGAUGCAAGCCUCAACUGGAAGCCAGUGGAGUGUGCGGAGGAGCGGGGUGACAUGAGAGAACUUGGGAAGGUUGAACACCAGACGGGCUGCAGCGUUCUGGAUAAGUUGUAGGGGUUUAAUGGCACAGGCAGGGAGCCCAGCCAACAGCGAGUUGCAGUUAUCCAGACGGGAGAUGACAAGUGCCUGGAUUAGCACCUGUGCCGCUUUCUGUGUAAGGUAGGGUCAUACUCUGCAAAUGUUGUAGAGCAUGAACCUGCAGGAUUGGGUCACCGCUUUGAUGUUAGCGGAGAACGACAGGGUGUUGUCCAGGGUCACACCAAGGUUCUUUGCACUCUGGGAGGAGGACACAAUGGAGUUGUCAACCGUGAUGGCGAGAUAAUGGAGCGGGCAGUCCUUCCCCGGGAUGAAGAGCAGCUCCGUCUUGCCGAGGUUCAGCUUGAGGUGGUGAUCCGACAUCCACACUGAUAUGUCUGCCAGACAUGCAGAGAUGCGAUUCGCCACCUGGUUAUCAGAAGGGGGAAAGGAGAGAAUUAAUUGUGUGUCGUCUGCGUAGCAAUGAUAGGAGAGACCAUGUGAGGAUAUGACAGAGCCAAGUGACUUGGUGUGUAGAGAGAAUCGGAGAGGGCCUAGAACUGAGCCCUGGGGGACACCAGUGGUGAGAGCACGUGGUGCGGAGACAGAUUCUCGCCACGCCACCUGGUAGGAGCGACCUGUCAGGUAGGACGCAAUCCAAGAGUGAGCAGCGCCGGAGAUGCCCAACUCGGAGAGGGUGGAGAGGAGGAUCUGAUGGUUCACAGUAUCAAAGGCAGCGGAUAGGUCUAGAAGGAUAAGAGCAGAGGAGAGAGAGUUAGCUUUAGCAGUGCGGAGAGCCUCCGUGACACAGAGAAGAGCAGUCUCAGUUGAAUGACCAGUCUUGAAACCUGACUGGUUUGGAUCAAGAAGGUCAUUCUGAGAGAGAUGGCAGGAGAGUUGGCUGGAGACGGCACGUUCAAGAGUUUUUGAGUGAAAAGAAAGAAGGGAUACUGGUCUGUAGUUGUUGACAUCGGAGGGAUCGAGUGUAGGUUUUUUGAGGAGGGGUGCAACUCUCGCUCACUUGAAGACGGAAGGGACAAGGCCAGCGGUCAAGGAUGAGUUGAUGAGCGAGGUGAGGUAAGGGAGAAAGUCUCCGGAAAUGGUCUGGAGAAGAGCGGAGGGGAUAGGGUCAAGAGGGCAGGUUGUUGGGCGGCCGGCCGUCACAAGUUGCAGGAUUUCAUCUGGAGAGAGAGAGGGGAGAAAGAAGUCAAAGCAUAGGGUAGGGCAGUGUGAGCAGGACCAGCGGUGUCAUUUGACUUAAUAAAUGAGGAUCGGAUGUCAUCAACCUUCUUUACGAAAUGGUUGACGAAGUCAUCCACAGAGAGGGAGGGGGAGGAAGAGGAGGAGGAUUCAGCAGGGAGGAGAAGGUGGCAAAGAGCUUCCUAGGGUUAGAGGCAGAGGCUUGAAAUUCAGAGUGGUAGAAAGUGGUUUGGCAGCGGAAACAGAGGAAGAGAAUGUAGAGAGGAGGGAGUGAAAAGAUGACAGGCCCUCCAUUUCCGCUCGGCUGCCCGGAGCCCUCUUUUGUGAGCUCGCAAGGAUAGGGGAUAUAGAGAGUCAAAAGAUGCAGAAAGGGAGGAGAGGAGGGUUGAGGAGGCAGAAUCAGGAGAUCGGAGGGAGAAGGAUUUAGCAGAGGGAAGAGAUGAUAGGAUGGAAGAGGAGAGAUUAGCGGGAGAGAGAGGGCGACGGUUGCGACGGCACAUUACCAUCUGAGUAGGGGCAGAGUGAGUAGUGUUGGAGGAGAGCGAGUGAGAAAAGGAUACAAAGUAGUGGUCAGAGACUUGGAGGGGAGUUGCAGUGAGAUUAGUAGAAGAACAGCAUCUAGUAAAGAUGAGGUCAAGCGUAUUGCCUGCCUUGUGAGUAAGGGGGGACGGUGAGAGGGUGAGGUCAAAAGAGGAAAGGAGUGGAAAGGAGGAGGCAGAAAGAAAAGAGUCAAAGGCAGAUGUAGGGAGGUUAAAGUCACCCAGAACUGUGAGGGGUGAGCCAUCCUCAGGAAAGGAACUUAUCAAGGCGUCAAGCUCAUUGAUGAACUCUCCAAGGGAACCUGGAGGGCGAUAAAUGACAAGGAUGUUAAGCUUGAAUGGGCUGGUGACUGUGACAGCAUGGAAUUCAAAUGAGGAGAUAGACAGAUGGGUCAGGGGAAAAAGAGAGAAUGUCCACUUGGGAGAGAUGAGGAUUCCUGUGCCACCGCCGCGCUGACCAGAUGCUCUCGGGGGAUGCGAGAACACAUGGUCAGACGAGGAAAGAGCAGUAGGAGUAGCAGUGUUUUCUGUGGUAAUCCAUGUUUCCGUCAGUGCCAAGAAGUCGAGGGACUGGAGGGUAGCAUAGGCUGAGAUUAAAUCUGCCUUGUUGGCCACAGAACGGCAGUUCCAGAGGCUCCCAGAGACCUGGAACUCCACGAGGGUCGUGCGCACAGGGACCACCAGAUUAGUGGCAACAGCCACGUGGUGUGAAGCGUUUGUAUGGCCUGUGCAGAGAGGAGAGAACAGGGAUAGACAGACACAUAGUUGACAGGCUACAGAAAACGGCUACAAUAAUGCAAAGGAUAUCGGAAUGAAAUGAACUAAACAUCUGGGAAAGCGAGAGAGCGGGGCCUCCCUCACUUACGUUUCACUGAAACACUCAAAUAUAAUUCUCCCAAUUUCCACUUUAGAAAUUAUAAUUGUUGUAAACUACAGCGGUUCAAUGUUUUCUAGGAAUAGACUCUAACUUAGUUUAUUCAGCUAGCUAACUUGGUACAGUAAUCUUCCGUGAAACCCGUCCAGGGCACCGACUCCUAUGACGCCAUAGCCAACUAGCAUGCCAGCCUCCAAUAACACGGUUUAGCACCAAUACUCGGUUACAACAAACCACCAGUGUGUUAACACGCCAAGCAGAUCAUUCGUGUCCGUGUCUAACGUUGUGUUAAGUUUUGGGUUAGUUUUGACAGUUUGAGUGAGUACAUCGUCAACUUAUUCAGCCAGAUAGUUAGCAUACUAGCUAGAAACCCAUAGGCUUUGUCCAACUAACCAUGGCGGAAUUAGUGCCUACAAAAAGUAUACUACGAUUCUCAGAGUGCAUUUCACUUCCCAGGGUGCAAUGCCCCGCCCAGGGUUACUGGCUACUGCUAGCAAGCCCAGACAAAUGCUAAGUAGUCUAAAUAUAUUACUGGCAUUGUAACCGACUUCCGUGGGCAAAUGCUCACCUUCGAUGGCCACUGACAUCCACUCUUCACAGAUUAAUCCCGGUUUCAACUGUACCGGACAGAUGGCAGACAGCGUGUAUGGUGUUGUGUGGGCGAGCGGUUUGCUGAUGUCAACGUUGUGAACAGAGUGCCCCAUGGUGGCAGUGGGGUUAUGGUAUGGGCAGGCAUAAGCUACGGACAACGAACACAAUUGCAUUUUAUCGAUGCAAUUUGAAUGCACAGCGAUACCGUGACGAGGCCCAUUGUCGUGCCAUUCAUCUGCCGCCAUCACCUCACGGCCCCAUGUCGCAAGGAUCUGCACACAGUUCCUGGAAGCGGAACAUUUCCCAGUUCUUCCAUGGCCUGCAUUCUCACCAGAGAUGUCAUCCAUUGAGCAUGUUUGGGAUGCUCUGGAUCGACGUGUACGACAGCGUGUUCCAGUUCCCCCCCCAAUAUUCCCCUCCAGUUCCCCCCCAUUUGAAGAGGAGUGGGACAACAUUCCACAGGCCACUAUCAACAGCCUGAUCAACUCUGUGAUAGAUGUGUCGCGCUGCAUGAGGCAAAUGAUCCACGCCCCUACAAAUGUUUGUAUCUGUGACCAACAGAUGCAUAUAUGUAUUCCCAGUCAUGUGAAAUCCGUAGAUUAGGGCCUAAUGAAUUUAUUUCAAUUUACUGAUUUCCUUAUUUGAACUGCAACUCAGAUACAGGUACAAAAAAACUAUCAAAGAAAUGCAUGCAAAGAUAACCCCAACCCAUUUGGCACUUAAUAGGUACUUACUAUAGUCAUUUUUAUUUAUUUUUUAUCUUGAUGGAAAAACAGAAUAAAAUAAAAAAAGUUGAAUAUGUGCUCUUUUAAGGAAGAAUGUUAAAAUUAGGUGAAAUUAUCGUGUUUAAUUUUUUUUUCUUUACCAAGUUACACUAUUCAGAAGGGGCCUGGAACAUGGAUACUGGGGGGUGGAACAACCCAUUUUAUAAGUAAACAUUCUGUAUAGGUAACCACUCUUGUCCCCUAUACUAAAUUCUCUCAUCUCCAUGUCUCUAUAUCCGGUAGCUGGUUGGGGGGUUCAUCCUAGCCAUCGGUAUCUAUGCGGAGGUGGAGCGGCAGCGCUACAAAACCCUGGAUGGGGUGUUCCUGGCCCCCGCCGUCAUCCUGAUCGUCCUGGGGGUGGUGAUGUUCAUUGUCUCGUUCAUCGGCGUGUUAGCCUCCCUCAGGGACAACCUGCUGCUCCUCAAAGUGGUGAGUAGUAGACUCACACAAUUACAUACAACACUGUGAUAUAGGCUUGAGGUUCAUCAGGUUCACUACACACCAGACCUGGGUCAAAUGCAUACAGUGCCUUCAGAAAGUAUUCACACCCUUUUCCCACAUUUUGUUGUGUUACAGCCUGAAUUUAAAAUGGAUUACAUUUAGAUUUUGUGUGACUAGCCUAUACACAAUACCCCAUCAUGUCAAAGUGGAAUUAUGUUUUUCGAAAUAUUUACAAAUUAAUAAAAAAUGAAAAGCUGAAAUGUCUUCAGUCAAUAAGUAUUCAACCCCUUUGUUAUGGCACAUCUAAAUAAAUUGGGGCUGCCGAGUGGCGCAGCGAUCUAAAGUACUGCAUCUCAGUGCUUGAGGCAUCACUACAGACCCCCUGGUUCGAUUCCACGCUGUAUCACAACCGGCCGUGAUUGGGAGUCCCAUAGGGCGGCGCACAAUUGGCCAAGCGUCGUCCGGGUUUGGCCGGUGUAGACCGUCAUUGUAAAUAAGAAUUUGUUCUUAACUGACUUGCCUAGUUAAAUUAAAGGUAAAAAUAAAAAAUAAAGUUCAGAAGUAAAGAUGUGCUGUGGACUCACUCUGUGUGCAAUAAUGGUGUUUAACAUGAUUUUUGAAUGACUACGUAAUCUCUGUACCCCAAACAUACAAUUAUCUGUAAAAUCCCUCAGUCGAGCAGUGUAUUUCAAGCAGAAUCAAUAACAAAGACCAGGGAGGUUUUCUAAUGCCUCGUAAAGAAUGGUACCUAUUGGUAGAUGGGUAAAAAAAACAAAAAGCAGACAUUGAAUAUCUCUUUGAGCAUGGUGAAGUUAUUGAUUACACUUUGAAUGGUAUAUCAAUACACCCAGUCACUACAAAGAUAAAGGCGUCCUUCCUAACUCAGUUGCCGGAGAGGAAGGAAACCGCUCAGGGAUUUCACCAUGAGGCCAAUUGUGACUCUAAAACAGUUACAGGGUUUAAUGGCUGUGACAGGAGAAAACUGAGGAUGUAUCAACAACAUUGUAGUUACUCCACAAUACUAACCUAAAUGACAGAGUGAAAAGAAGGAAGCCUGUACAGAAUAAAAAAUAUUCCAAAACAUGCAUCCUGUUUGCAAUAAGGCACUAAAGUAAAACUGCAGAAAAUGUGGCAAAGAAAUGUACUUUAUGUUCUGAAUACAAAGUGUUAUGUUUGGGGCAAAUCCAACACAACACAUCACUGAGUACUACUCUUCAUAUUUUCAAGCAUAGUGGUGGCUGCAUCAUGUUAUGUGUAUGCUUGUCAUCGGCAAGGGCUAGGGAGUGUUUUUGUUGUUGAUAAAAAUAAACGGAAUAGAGCUAAGCACAGGCAAAAUCCUAGAGGAAAGCCUGGUUCAGUCUGCUUUCCACCAGACACUCUGAGAUGAAUUCACCUUUCAGCAGAACAACAAAUUAAAACAAGGCCAAAAAUACACUGUAGUAGCUUACUAAGACGACAUUCAUUAAAUGUUCUUGAAUUGCCUAGUUAGUUUUGACUUAAAUCGGCUUGAAUAUAUAUGGCAAGACUCAAAUGGAUGUCUAGCAAUGAUCAACAACCAGCUUGACAGAGUUUGAAGAAUUUUAAAAAGAAAAAUUUGCAAAUAUUGUACAAUCCAGGUGUGCAAAGCUCUUAGAGACUUACCCAGAAAGACUCACAGCUGUAAUUGCUGCCAAAGAUAUUGACUCAGGGGUGUGAAUACUUAUGGAAAGGAGAUAUUUCUGUAUUUCAUUUUCAAUACAUUUGCAAAAAUGACUAAAAACAUGUUUUCACUUUGUCAUUAUGGGUGUUUUGUGUAGAUGGGUGAGGGGGAAAAAAUAUAUUUAAUACAUUUUGAAUUCAGGCUGUUAACACAGCAAAAUGUGUAGUAAGUCAAGGGGUGUGAAUACUUUCUGAAUGCACUGUAUGUCAAAUACAAUAUGUUCAUGUAUUUAAGCUGUGCUUUAUUUACCUUGGGCUUUACACUUUUGGGACUACUCCAUUGGUUCCAUUGUACCUGAAAAAAGGGUUGGUCGCUAAAUCCGGCGAACAGUAGGACAAUGUAAAAACGGCUAGCUUGAGCUCAUCUGAGAGGUUGGCUGGAUAUGCCCUCACCCGCUAUAAACUUAAUGCUGAUUGGUUUUGGUUCUGACAACUAUAGAUCUGUUCAGUUAGAACAUGAUGUUGAGGCCCAUCACUGUAACUUGGUCACCACCACACACACACACACACACACACACGUACGUGGACACAGCUGCGUCCAUUAGGUUUUAUAUUUGGUGCAUUCAGAAAGUAUUCAGACCUCCUGACUUUUUCCACAUUUUGUUACGUUACAGCCUUAUUCUAAAAUUGAUUAAAUUGUUUACCCCCCCUCAUCAAUGUACACACUAUCCCACAAUGACAAAGCAAAAACAAGUUUUUGGAAAUGUUUGAAAAUGUAUUAAAAAUACAAAAUAGAAAUAUCCCAUUUACAUAAGUAUUCAGACCCUUUACGCAGUACUUUGUUGAAGCACCUUUGGCAGCAAUUACAGCCUUGAGUUGUCUUGGGUAUGACGCAACAAGCUUGGCACACCUGUAUUUGGGGAGUUUCUCCCAUUAUUCUCUGCAGAUACUCUCAAGCUCUGUCAGGUUGGUUGGGGAGUGUCGCUGCACAGCUAUUUUCGGUUUCUCCAGAGAUGUUUGAUCGGGUUCAAGUCCGGGCUCUGCCUGGGCCACUCAAGGACAUUCAGAGACUUGUCCCGAAGCCACUCCUGCGUUGUCUUGUCUGUGUGCUUAGGGUCAUUAUCCUGUUGGAAGGUGAACCUUCGCCCCAUUCUGAGGUCCUGAACGCUCUGUAGCAGGUUUUCAUCAAGGAUCUCUCUGUACUUUGCUCCGUUCAUCUUUCCCUCGAUCCUGACUAGUCUCCCAGUCCCUGCCACUGAAAAACACCCCCACAGCAUGAUGCCACCACAAUGCUUCACUGUAGGGAUGGUGCCAGGUUUCCUCCAGACAUGACGCUUGGCAUGCAGGCCAAAGAGUUCAAUCUUGGUUUCAUCAGACCAGAGAAUCUUGUUUCUCAUGGUCUGAGAGUCCUUUAGGUGCCUUUUGGCAAACUCCAAGUGGGCUGUCAUGUGCCUUUUACUGAGGAGUGGCUUCUGUCUGGCCACUCUACCAUAAAGGCCUGAUUGGUGGAGUGCUGCAGAGAUGGUUGUCCUUCUGGAAGUUUCUCCCAUCUCCACAGAGGAACUCUGGAUCUCUGUCAGUGACCAUCGGGUUCUUGGUCACCUCCCUGACCAAGGCCCUUCUCCCCCGAUUGCUCAGUUGGUGGAAGAGUCAUGGUGGUUCCAAACUUCUUCCAUUUAAGAAUGAUGGAGGCCACUGUUCUUGGGGACCUUCAAUCCUGCAGACAUUUUUUGGUACCCUUCCCCAGAUCUGUGCCUCGACACAAUCCUGUCUCGGAGCUCUACGGACAAUUCCUUCGACCUCAUGGCUUGGUUUUUGCUCUGACAUGCACUGUCAACUGUGGGACCUUUUAUAUAGACAGGUGUGUGCCUUUGCAAAUCAUGUCCAAUCAAUUGAAUUUACCACAGGUGGACUCCAAUCAAGUUGUAGAAACAUCUCAAGGAUGAUCAGUGGAAACAGGAUGCACCUGAGCUCAAUUUCGAGUCUCAGAGCAAAAGGCCUGAAUACUUAUGUAAAUAAUUGUUUUUUUGUUUGUUUUUUUGCACACAAAAAAUAAAACUGUUUUCGCUUUGUCAUUAUGGGGUAUUGUGUGUAGAUUGAGGAUUUGUUAUUUAUUUAAUCCAUUUUAGAAUAUGGCUGUAACGUAAGAAAAUGUGGAGAAAGGAAGAGGUCUGAAUACUUUCCGGAUGCACUGUAGGUGGUGCAUAACACUUCAAGAUAGAAAAACAGUGAUGUAAGAGUCUGUCACUACACAAAUCUUCUCGAGACGGCAGGGGAACAUGCUCUGACUUGAGGUGUGCGUGGUGGAGACCUGGAGUGCAUCCAAGCACCCUGAUUGGUUGGAAUUGAGAGGGAUGAUUGACAGGUCUGAAGGCCAGUCAGGUUAAGAGGGCCAGCCUUUUUUACAGUACGAUUCCAUUGGUUUCAGUUGUUAAAUUCUAGGAAGUUACAAGUUACAACACUCACUGCAUGGACAUGGAAUGAGCCUUAUGUGCUUCUGUGACUGUGUACAUUCCUUGAAACAGUAUUUCUCUAUAAUUUCAGGUCUUCAGUGCUAGUGGCAUGAGAUUAUUUAGCUCUCAUAUCAGUAUGUGCUAAGCCAUAAACGUUGCAAAGCAGCUUGGUUUGUUUUUAGUUUGGUUUGUCUGCAAGGUCAAACAAAUAAUGAAGACGACCACUAAUGAAAGUCCACUAGCUACAUAAAUAUCACUGAGUAUUCAUUUGGCACAGUUUAGCCACCCCGGCCACCCGCGUUGACAACAUUUGAAAUAUGUAAUCAUACUGUAGCAGGCCCUCAUCCAUUUUGCAUUUUUCACUUUGCUCUUAUGAAUUAAUGACCGAAUGAAUAUUAAUCACAUUUGAGAUGCUUGCAUCCACUUUUAAUGAGACACCAGUACUUGUAACGUCUUGAAUUUGAUUCCUUUAUAUAGUUCGACUCCCUUUUGAAUGUAUUUGAGUUUUUUGUUUUCUUCUAAAAGCAAGGUAUUUUUACCCCAAAGAAAUUCCACAAUUUUAAUUCAUUGGGGAACGUUUUUUUUUUCUUUAAAAAAUGCUACAAUGCAGAAACUACAAUACAGGCAGUUUUGAAUUGAGCCUGAUAUUCAAAGACAUUAGGCAUACAAUCAGCAACAUCUUAGAUCGGUACCCCUUCAAUUUCAUCAAUCAUUGAUCAAUACAUUUGUUUUCCAAUACAUUUAUUUUUAUAUAUAAAAAAUAAUUCUGAGCCCUAGCUGAAAAUGGUAGAGAGCAGCAGCAGUGUAGAUGUCAGAGCUAACCUUUGGUUUUGUGGUUAGCAAAAUACGAUCAAAGAUAUUAUCAAAAGGACGCUAACUAGACCAUUCAACUGUUAAACUUGACUGUUCUGUAGUUGACUGUUAUGUGUAUUAACCUUAAAAAUAUAUAUAUAUAUAUUUUUUUUAAGUUUCUCUACACCUUGACAGUCUGUCUCGUUCUGGAGCUCCUCGGUGGCAUUCUGGCUCUGGCUUUCAGGCAUCAGGUACCAAUUAUUUUACAUUAUUAAACUCAUAAUCAUUAGCUUUCUCUCAAUCUCUAUGUACACAAAAAGGACUCAUGCCAUCUCUUAUUGGAUACAUUUACCUGGGCUUGUGCAAAGUUCUGAUUUUAAAGGGACAAUCAGCAGCUGCUACAUCCAUUUUUGGAUGUAUAAAUGAAUGAUGUGUACCCAUUUAUUCUUGAAGAAUAUAACUUAUAAAUGCCUCAUGAGCUUAUUUCAACUGUCGUACCCCAUCAGAGCCCAAAAUAUAAGCUUGUUUUACUCCAAUGUUUGUAAACAAAGUAAAUGUAAACAAACACUAUAUAGCCUCAAGAUGGUUAAAACUAUAAUUUUGAUAUCAUGGAUCCUUGCACCAAUAGCUCUGUCUAUGAAUUUGAGAGUGGUUACAUUUCUCUAGCCCCAUCCUUCAGCUUUUUACCAAAACGGUGUCUGGGAGGUGCUUUGCUAUUGUUUCUACUGCUGAUUGCUGCUUUAAGUUGGAGCGCUACCAAGUUAAUGAAACGUCUACAUUACAAUACGUUAACGGAGUGGGACUAAAUCAUUUGUUUUGUUAUCAGGAUAUUAACUGCCAAUUUGAUUUCAGAUUGCCACUUGUGGUUUCCAUGUAGGCAUUUUCAAAUGUAUUGUCUAUGAAAUUCCAUUCCCAUUGUGUUUUUAAAUAUGUGAACGAUUUCUGGCCUUUACAUUGUUAAGCCACUUUAACUUAUUUUACAUCAAGUUUUUAUUAUCUCAAUUCAUAGGAUUCAUACAAUACAUUUAUAGAUAUAUAUUUUUUUAGCCCCCCCACCGGCAAUCUGAUAAGCCACUUUAACUUCUGAGAAUGUGAGACACUUAAUUUUAUAUCCUCAUAAAUAAUAAAAAUCAACUAGUUAAAUUUUUUUUUAUUGCAUGAUGACCCUUUCCUGAUGUGUCAAAGACAAGAACUAGAUCAGCUUCAUAAGCACACUUCCAUUGGAUCUGUAUUGAAGAUUAGAUGUAGAAAACUCAGGAAUGUUUUUGGCAGAAGAAGAAAAAGAAUGGAGAAAGUUAUAGAAGCACAGCAUUUCAAUAUUUCAUAAAUAUUUCAGUUAAAAUUUAAACAGCAAUGACUGGUCUAAUCUGUAGAGAGAGAAUUGCCAUUCAAAUCUCAACAGUAACUAAUCCUCCAAUGGUGAAAUACAUGUUAUUGAAAGGUUUGAAUUGUAUUUAAACGUCUCAAGUCUGAACAUGAGCCUAUCAAAAAUAGGUUACACAGUAAUUUGUCUCUGAGGAAUUGCUCAUGACAGAAAUGUAGGUCGUUUUUAUUGAGAGGAGCAAUAUAGGGAGAGCUCAAGUGUUGGUCAGUGAAGAGUUCCCCAUUUUUAAAUGUAUUCAAUUGUUAUAAAGCUGCCUACACACUAAUAUCUCAACCCUACAGUCUUAAUACAUUUCAUACCUCUAUUUUUCUUUUCCACCAUAGACUGUGGAUCUCUUAAACAAAAACAUUCGCAAAGGAAUAGUGAAUUACUACGAUGAUCUGGAUUUCAAAAACAUCAUGGACUUUGUUCAGAGAAAGGUAAGAUUUCUGUUUGAAAGAUAAGAGGAUUUUCUUUUAAACUGUUUGCCAGCUUUUGCCUCUGAGAUCCUUUAUUGUGUUUUUCAUUGCUGUUGACCAAAUGUAAUUUGUGGAUAUUCACUUUGUGACAUAGUGGUAGGGUUUGGCAGACUUGACUCAAGGGCAAAGAGCGGUUUGUUGUAAUUAGAAGAUUCCUACUGGGUGGGAGAACGAUGGAUGCUGUCCAUGCAGCAUUUGGAGUUCUCCUUCUCACACCUAACCUUGGCCAAAUGUGUUAUUGGGAACUCAUUUUCACCAGCGAUCCUGCUUUGACAUGAAUUGUUACACAGGAGGACUACUGAUGAUAGAAAAGCAACCUACGUUUAUAUUUGUGAUUUAUUUUGAGCAUUAUACUCACAAUAUUUUAUUCCAUGAGCAACACAAAGCUGUUUGCAGAAUGGAAAACCGUUGAAGGAAAUAACUACUUGUAAAUUGGAACUGAAUGUUGGAGGACAGCUUUGUCUGUCUCCCGUAAUAGAACUUUGUGUCACACCGUCUCGAUUUUCUCCAACUGUGAUGUGUUUGACAUAUCCUGAAGCGCGUCAAACAAAGGAGCUUUAACAAUCCCCACUGAGGAAGGUAGUGGUGUUAGUUUGGACUUGUUGAUAGGAGGAGGUAAAUCAAUACAACUGCAUUGAGUGAGUGCUGCUGUCCCCUUUUAUAGCCUUGAAAACCCUUCCAGAUCAAUAGAAAGGAAAACUGUUUCUAAACUCACUAUUGAAUAAGAGUUUUUGUGUUCUAGCUCUUUUCCCCCUAGGUACUUUGACAGGGUUUUCAGAGAAUAUAUUUUUCUUAAGUGCAGGCUUAUGGUGAGAUGUUGAACUGCUUCAGAUUAGAAAGUGUUUGCGUCUACGUCAGACUUAUUUUUAGAGUGCGAGGGAGUAAGUGUAGUUCAGUUUGCUUUUAACUCUGAGGCGUCUCGCCAGCCAAGUUGGAGACUUGGCGGGAAAUGUAUGUAUUGUGUACCGUAGGAAGUCUUACAUUAUAGUUUUAGUGGCGUCCGAGGCACAGCUUUUUAGGGAGACUUGACAUUCUGCAACUGGUUUGAGACAUCUGCAAAUGUAUUCGUAUAAAAAAACGUUCACUUUACAGGAAUGUGAAAAGGUACACUAUUAAAAUGAGUUUGCAGCGACACGCAAAACAUUUGUGAAUGUUCAACGUCGGUCUUUACGCUUUUAAAGCAAAGGUCUCUGCUAUUCCAAGUCAUUACUUGUGUAUGUAAUGACUGUAAUUAUAGCAGGGUAUUUUAAUAGCACUCAUGGAUGCGCAUAUCUCAAGCCUCUUUGGCAGAACACUAGAUGGCUGAAUUAGAUUUCUGGCUCGGGUGUGAUAUAUUUCGCUUCUAGGUUUUGCGUGUGUCCAAAACUGACAUUUUAACAUUUUAGCACAGGCCAGUAUUUGUUUAUUAAUCUCUAGAUUAGGACGAGUAUUGCUUUGGCUUGGGUUAGUUCUUACGCUCUAAGUCUGAACUGGUCUACUUGGUCUCUUUGCUGAACCAUGGAGUUGGUGCAUAGCGCUGGUACAAUCUGCUGGAGAAAAGGUUACUUGCUAACCUCCCUAAGCACAACCAAGAUCUCAAAUCAAAUCAAAUUUUAUUGGUCACAUGCGCCGAAUACAACAGGUGCAGACAUUACAGUGAAAUGCUUACUUACAGCCCUUAACCAACAGUGCAUUUAUUUUAAACAAAAAAGUAAGAAUAAAACAACAACAAAAACGUGUUGAGAAAAAAAAAGCAGAAGUAAAAUAAAGUGACAGUAGGGAGGCUAUAUAUACAGUAAAAUAAAGUGACAGUAGGGAGGCUAUAUAUACAGGGGGGUACCGUUGCAUAGUCAAUGUGCGGGGGCACCGGCUAGUUGAGGUAGUUGAGGUAAUAUGUACAUGUGGGUAGAGUUAAAGUGACUAUGCAUAAAUACUUAACAGAGUAGCAGCAGCGUAAAAAGGAUGGGGUGGGGGGGCAGUGCAAAUAGUCCGGGUAGCCAUGAUUAGCUGUUCAGGAGUCUUAUGGCUUGGGGGUAGAAGCUGUUGAGAAGUCUUUUGGACCUAGACUUGGCACUCCGGUACCGCUUGCCGUGCGGUAGCAGAGAGAACAGUCUAUGACUAGGGUGGCUGGAGUCUUUGACAAUUUUGAGGGCCUUCCUCUGACACCGCCUGGUAUAGAGGUCCUGGAUGGCAGGGAGCUUUGCCCCAGUGAUGUACUGGGCCGUACGCACUACCCUCUGUAGUGCCUUGCGGUCAGAGGCCAAGCAGUUGCCAUACCAGGCGGUGAUGCAACCAGUCAGGAUGCUCUCGAUGGUGCAGCUGUAGAAUUUUUUGAGGAUCUGAGGACCCAUGCCAAAUCUUUUUAGUCUCCUGAGGGGGAAUAGGCUUUGUCGUGCCCUCUUCACGACUGUCUUGGUGUGUUUGGACCAUGAUAGUUCGUUGGUGAACUUUGCCUGUGCUUUACCUCAUGUUCUUGUAACUCAAUCAUGUCAGAGCCACUGUAUCUUAUUUAGUUCUCCAUCAUCACAUCCAUGUUUGUUUGUGGGUUUUCUUCAGGAAUAAACGUGUUCAUAGGUAAAGAUGCCCUGAUUUUUCUAAAUGAUUCUCUUACAAUCUAGAUUUAAAAAGCCACUCUACUAAGAGUGACUAGUUUACUGAAACUAGCUAAAUGCUGAAGUAAUUACCCUAGCUGUAUUUGAGAUGCAGAGCCAUUCAAAUGAGUUGGGGGACUGUCAUACGAAUGCCGCUGCUCGAAGAAAAACAAAAAGUGGACUAAUAUUUAUUCAUACAUUCCCCCAUGACAGCAGUUGGCUCAAUGAAUGAAUGCAGAAUAGUGAAUAUCCAUAUUAUUCAAGAAUAAGGUGGAAUUUACCUCUGGACAUUCUUAAUAACGGUGUUAAUUUUGAUCCCUUUACUGAAACUUUACAGGGUUCUAAAUGACCAAAUUAUGUUUCACAAGCAUAAUGCUAUACACUUAACUGUCAGAGAAUCCUAUCCAGCUAAUUGAAAUAAUUACUAGCAAAUUGCUCUAGGUGUUUUAAGAGCCUUUUCCGGUAUGAGAUUGGAAGAAAGCAGAUCCACAGUGUGUAUCUCAGCUCUUGUAAAUUAUAGUAAUUGCAAAAGCUCAAUGUGUAAACAACCUUGCUGUACCAGAGAAGAAAAGUUUGAAAUUGUACUUGAAGUUCAAACUAACAACAAUUUCUGGGUAAGUCUCUAAGAGCUUUGCACACCUGGAUUUUACAAAAUGUGCACAUUAUUCUUUUUUAAAUUCUUCAAGCUCUGUCAAGUUGGUUGUUGAUCAUUGCUAGACAACCAUUUUCAGGUCUUGCCAUAGAUUUCCAAGCAGAUUUAAGUCAAAACUGUAACUCGGACAUUCACUGUCUUCUUGGUAAGCAACUCCAGUGUAGAUUUGGCCUUGUUUUUUAAGUUAUUGUCCUGCUGAAAGGUGAAUUAAUCUCCCAGUGUCUGGUGGAAAGCAGACUGAACCAGGUUUUCCUCUAGGAUUUUGCCUGUGCUUAGCUCCAUUCCGUUUCUUUUUUAUCCUGAAAAACUCCCCAGUCCUUAACGAUUACAAGCAUACCCAUAACAUGAUGCAGCCACCACUAUGCUUGAAUAUAUGGAGAGUGGUACUCAGUAAUGUGUUGUAUUGGAUUUGCCCCAAACAUAACACAAACGUUUUUUGCAGUAUUACUUUAGUGCAUUGUUGCAAACAGGAUGUUUUGGAAUAUUGGUACAGGCAUACUAUUCUAUAACUGUUUUGAUUAUUAAUACAGCUGUGUUUGUUUCUGUCUGUUCUUUACAGUUCAAGUGUUGUGGAGGGCAGGAGUACAAAGACUGGGAAGUGAACAUGUACCAUAACUGUACAGCUCCUGGGCCGCUGGCUUGUGGAGUGCCUUACACCUGCUGCCUCCAAAACAAGGUCUCUGCUGCUCUUCCAUCAAGAGCUCAUUAUGCAAAUUACAAUAUAAUAGAUCUUUAUUUAAAUCUAUUUGAAUGCAAAUUUGAAAUAAAAUUAAAAUCUGUCACAGUACCCAACCCAACACCCCAAACACACACACACACACGACAGGCUGGGAGCAGCAGAGGGUCAGCUCAGCAGAGCAGUGACCGUGGAGCAGUUUUGGGGGUUUAAGUUUCUUGCUUGAGGGCAAACCGUCAGUAGCUAGCAUAGGGGAUAAUGAGGCCAGCAACCCUCCGGCUGCAGUUCACUCCCGCCUGCUUUUAUCCGUCAUCCCUGUGUUUCAAACCGACAACCUUCCAGUUACUGGCCCGCCUCUCUAACCUGUUUUCUCCAAAUGGCUGAAAAAUUCUGGUUAGUUACACUCAUAACUGAGCUGUUUAGCAUUGUAUUGUUUCAGCAGAGAAUGUUUUAUUGUCACAUACACCGGAUAGGUGCAGUGAAAUGUGUUGUUUUUACAGGGUCAGCCAUAGUAGUAUGGCACCCCUGGAGCAAAUUAGGGUUAAGUGCUCAAGGGGCACAUCGACAGAUUUUUCACCUUGUCGGCUCUGGUACUUAAACCAGCGACCUUUCGGUUACUGGCCCAACGCUCUAACCACUAGGCCUUAUUGGAGACCACAUCCAUAACAACACUGCAUGUACCCUAAUCCAUUUGCACACUUGUUGAAAACUAUUCAUCAAUAGCUUAGAUUUGAUCUCUGUUCAUCUCUAGAUGCCUUCUAUGACAUGUUGUUGUUCUGAGCCCUAAAUUUAACAGUAGGGUCGUUCUUGAAUUGUGGCAUUAUUUUUAUUUUUAUUUAUUUGGGUACCUCUUCCCAUUCUACAUCAACUAAUAUGACAGCUUAAUGACUUUAAAUAAUUGUUAUCAUUAUGAUAACAUUGUGCCACCAGUAGGAGUAGUAACACCAAUGACGAAAAUGCCAAUAACAAAUAGGUAAUUGAGGAUUUUCUUAAAUGGUGACCACAGAUGCUCAUCCUUCAAAAAUAAUUUACUGAAUUGAUAUGAUUAAUACUUUUGCUCACAAUGUAAUUCCUCUUCAUUUAAAUUGAGUCACACCAAUAACACUUUUUACUUAAGACGCACUAAAUUAUCAAUGGAAUCCUCAAAUUUAUGACCUACUAAAAGGCUGUGAUUCAUUUUCUUUAAUAUAGACCCCUUGCCUGAUACGUUUCCCACUGGAGGGAAUGCUCAAGGUCCUUGUAUAACUUUGUAAUGAUUGAUUUUCAAGGUGGUAACACCAAUAACAUAAAACUUAGGGACAUAUAUAUUUGUUUUAAACUAUUUGAAUAGCCUUAUUUGUUUUUAUUGAGCUAUACAAUAUAUGAAUUAUUUUUGUUUAUUUUCUAGCAUUCAAAAUAAUAGAUUUUUCUAAAUCCGAAAAAUAUGUCACUACAACUCUACUCAUCACUACUGGGACAAGCCUAUUUGCUUCCCCUUAGUACUUUUAAACAAUGCAUUAAAAUAUAGGAUUUGCAGUAUAAAGGACUUGCAUUAUGUUUUAUCAUUGAUAAACAGUUCAAUAUAAACAAAAACCAGUAUGAUGUGCAACUAUUUGUAAUUUUAAAGUGUUUUUCAUGGUUGCAGAGGCGAGGGACUCAAAUGCCAUCAGAUUUUAAUAUCACAGCUUGCAAUGCUUGCAAUGCAAUUCUUAUUUAUCUGGUCACAGACUUACUCAUCUGAAAUAAAAUGGGAAAAUUGUUGUCAGGUGCUAAUUUGAGUCAACAUUUCUUUUUUAUAUGUUGCAACCAUUGCCAGAAACAUUGCACAUGGGGAAAGAGGGUAAUCGUGAUCUUCGUUAAUCAACAUCAUGGGGCUGUGAUUUGGUUCUGUAUUUACUCAUAGCUAAAUAGAAACAUUUAUUGAAAAGAUUAAUGUUGUGAACUGUCUAAAAAUCUGACUGAAAAAACAUUGCAUUAUUAAUUUGCUGAGAAAGCAAUUGAAUGUAUAAGUAAGAAGGUACACACAAACCAUCAAUCAGCAGGGGUCCGGGGCAAGGUAGCGCGCCAGGUGAAGUUAGGUCAAGGGUCCACAGCUGCAGUCAGAACAGCAGCACUGGAUCAUCAGCUGGAACAGGUGGACUGGGGACAAGGAACAGCCAGGAAUCAUCAGGUCAGGCUGUCCUCAGGCACGGUCCUAGGGCUCCGGCCCUCUGGGAGGGGAGACGUAGAGACCCCAUGUUUUGUGAGUGCUGUCUGUGGAUGUGAGCUUUUACCAUCUCCUCUCUCCUCUCCCUCUCUCUCUCUGAGAGCACAGCUAACCAGGCAGGGUGUCACUCAGCAGAACUGGCAACCACUUUGUGCUAUUAAGAAGUACAGAGAGGACAUAGGCAGCCGGGGACGGGGGUUAUGCUGCCAUGCCACUGUAAGAGGAUCUGGCUCUGAAUCCUAAUAUGUUGUCCUGAUGGCUCUGAAUCCUAAUAGUGGUUCUGAUUUUAAAUGGAAAGGUAAAAAAGACUCAGUCUAUUUAUUAAACUGAUUAUGGACAUGGAAACCUUUUGUCUAAUGUUGUCACAGAUUUCAAGUUUUAACCUGAUUUGUCAAAAUAUGCACGCUCUAUAUUUCAAGCUCAUGGUUUUCUCCAUAUAGUUGCUGGGAUUUGAGAUGUAGUAGCAGAGAACCUUCAGGGUAAACCCCCGCCCAUCUGGCUUAAUGUGUUCUCUUAUCUCUAAACUCCAGAUAUUGACACCUCACAAGGAUUCACAGAAAAGCGUGAGACAAAAAACCUUGCAUUGUUUGUCCACAAUUAAGAUCCAGUCUCUGAAGGGAAUAAAACAUUGGAACAGUCUGGAAAAUGUCUGUCUUAGCUCUUGUUGUUUUAAACAAUUUUGAUCUAUUGACAUUUCAAAUGCCUCUACUUGGCAACUUUCCUGAAGUGUCCGAUUUGUUUUUAAAUGCCUGUCAAAAUGCCCAUGGUCAUGCCAUCAUUGAGCAAAAAGAUUGAAAGACCACUAUUGUUGUUUUCUGAACAUGCACAGUUGCUCAGGGAUAUUUGUGUCAAAAUACCCUGAAUAAUGUAUACCUUUAUCAUUCAAGUGGAAUUAAUUCAAGUAAAAUACAAUGGACAACUUCUCACAGCAUCAUUUUGUCUAUAAAAAGAGGUACACAGGAAAAAAAGCUGAAGCCAGUAGAUUUCUCUAGUGUAGGUCAUUCAGGGCUGCAUUGAUGUGUUGUGUGUUUUCCCUCACUUAUUACAGUCUACUGUUUCUACCUUUUAAUAAAUGAUGGGGAUCGUGUUUUUUCUUUUUGGCAAUGUUUAACCUCUUAAAAAUCGGACCCUUUUUUUCAAUUUUUGCCAAAAAUGACAUAUCCAAAUCUAACAGCCUGUAGCUCAGGACCUGAAGCAAGGAUAUGCAUAUUCUUGAUACCAUUUGAAAGGAAACACUUUGAAGUUUGAGGAAAUGUGAAAUUAAUGUAGGAGAAUAUAACACAUUAGAUCUUUAAAUCGAAGUCUUAGCAAAUAUUUUAAAUAGGUUUAUUGGUUGCUCUUUUGAGCAUGUCCUCGGGCUGGAUAUUGGCCUACAUAUCCAUUGUGUAAAUCAUUUGAACAUGCAGAGUUUUGUGUUGGCUUGUGUUUUGUGUUCCCUAAUGCGAUGACUGAUUUGUGAUCUCUCUCUGAGGGGUAAUGGCUAUGUAGCUAUAAGCUGGACUCCAAGUAGCCUGAAAUCCAGAACCUGUUUUGCUAACAUUCCACUCCUUGUACUCUGUGUAAUUAGCAUGACAAGGAGUGGCAUGUUAGCUGAAACAGACUGUUACCCAGGCUACUAGCCAAAGGGCCAAACUUCUAAAAUAGUUCAACUAGACCAAGGCUUCCCAGCCUGUUUGACAUGAGAUCUAAUAUUUCUAACACCAAUUUUAGAAGAUCGACAAGUCAAAGGGUUCCCACGUUUAGACAUUUUAUUAACUUUCCCACAACUUUGUACACACACAAGCAUCAAGCUGUUUGACACUGUUUGAGAAAAGCAAAUUGAGAUUGUAGAGGAGAUUCCUCAAGAUGCUGAAUUCUCUGGAUAAUCCUCAUCAAAUGUAUCCUAACUUCAAAUAUGCUUGUGUAACCUGCCAAUAAUGUGUUGAAAUAUGUUACAUCGCUUUGACGUAGUGUUAUCUUGCCUUUUCAGCCUAAUGAAGUUGCCAACACACUAUGUGGAUAUAAGCUCCUUGACAAAGAGGUAAGACAGUCUGAACGAAAUGUUGUCUCUCACCGUCUCAAUUUCUGAAAUGUGGAAGUCUAAAUGUGAAAUGGAUGUGUACCGAUGUCAUACAAAGGAACAGUGCAGACAAAUAACCAAAGUGUCAAAUUAAUCUUUGCUUUUUAAACACAUAUGAAAGACCAUAUCACACACAUCAAUCAUACGUAUUCAUAGCUGUUAGAAGUAGUGGUGUAGCAGUACCCCCACCCCCAAACAUCUUCCCCGUGGCCAUGUACGUAUUCACACACAGGCCUGCCAUUCCAUGUUUACACUGUACAUUGUGUCCCUCCUGUCAGAGGCUGGCCUUGCAGAACGACAUCUACAUCAGAGGUUGUACUGAUGCUGUCUUCAUCUGGUUAAUGGAUAACUAUAAGACAAUGGCUGGCUUGCUGCUUGGCAUCUUAUUCCCCCAGGUAAGAGCUAACCACCAUGUCAGACUGACAUCUGAUGUCCACCAAUAUUACACAAUUAAUGGUUCACACAGUGAUGUCGUGGGCUCAGAACUUUGGUUAAUGGCUUUAGCAGAAGGCAGGUACUGGUGUAAAAAAAUGCCAGCGAUUAUUGACAGAUGGAAAGUAUGCAGUUAUAUUGUGAGCUCUUUUUCAUGUUUGAUUUAGGAAAUCACAUACGAAAUUGUUUAGUUCAUGAAUUUAUCCUAUUACACAGAUUUGUGUGGUGGAGUUUAUCAGUUUCUAUAAUGGUCUCAUAUCUCGACUAGAGAGGAUGAUGCAUCCUCCUUAUCAGUUUCUAAACUCAGCCUCAGAACAAGUCAUUGAUUGGCACAUUGGACACUUUCCAUUGGUUUCCAAUUGCAUGUCCAUCUUAUCAAGGACAGAGAGAAAACAGGAGAAAUGUGCAAUAUAGAAUUUACAUUUUAAAAUUCUGUGUGUAGUUUCUCAGAACAUAUUAUGAGCAUUUUGAGUUAUUCUAGCUGUUGGUACAAAUACAACUAAUACGAGCUGGCAGGUUGAAAAAUGCCCUAAAAUAAGGCCCGUUUUUUUUCACCAUUACUUCAAAACUACGGCAAGCAGCUCGGACAUAUGGUAAUAUUAUGAAACUGGCUCCAUGGCGGAUGCAAUUAACUAGUUUUUAUCCACUUUUAAUCAUCACCACAAUAUAUCUAGUCCACGCUUAUCAAUCUGCGGUAGAAAAACCCCCAAACCCAUUUUUCAGGUAUGUGUAAUGUUUUUGUUAAUUGCAUUACUGUGAACCGAGCCUCCAUCUGCUGCAUAACUACUCUUUCUUUAGAUUGGUUUCUGUUGUUUAUAUGCAAUCAUGAAAAGUCUAGAGACAGAAUUCAAUCCCUCUUUGUCAGCUAUGCACCUUUUUUGAAAGGCAGUGUUCCCGUGAAUGUAGUAACAUUGCUUUUUAAAAGCUACAUAGCCGAGUCGACAGAGAGCGAUCGGAUUGAAUCCCAGCCCUGUGCCGAGCCCGCUAUAAGUCGGAUCUACCGCUGAUUGGAUUGAAUCCCGGCUUAAGAAUUGAAAUAUCAAAACCCUACUACUGCAUUCCUUCCCAUGUCAAGCGCAGUAACUGAUUUUAAUGAGGAACUACAGUGCAUUCGGGAAAGUAUUCAGACCCCUUCACUUUUUCCACAUUUUGUUACGUUACAGCCUUAUUCUAAAAUGGAUUAAAAUGUUGUUUUCUCCCCUCAUCAAUCUACAUACAAUACCCCAUAAUGACCAAGCAAAAACAGGUUUGUAUACAUUUUUGCAAAUGUAUUACAAAAAAUGAAAUAUCACAUUUACAUAAGUAUUCAGACCCUUUACUCAGUACUUUAUUGAAGCACCUUUGGCAGCGAUUACAGCCUCGUCUUCUUGGGUAUGACGCUACAAGCUUGGCACACCUGUAUUGGGGAGUUUCUCCCAUUCUUCUCUGCAGAUCCUCUCAAGCUCUGUCUGGUUGGAUGGGGAGCGUUGCUGCACAGCUAUUUUCAGGUCUCUCCAUAGAUGUGUGAUCGGGUUCAAAUCCGGGCUCUGGCUGGGCCACUCAAGGACAUUCAGAGACUUGUCCCGAAGCCACUCCUGCGUUGUCUUGGCUGUGUGCUUAGGGUUGUUGUCCUGUUGGAAGGUGAACAUUCGCCCCAGUUUGAGGUCCUGAGCGCUCUGCAGCAAGUUUUCAUCAAGGAUCUCUCUGCACUUUUCUCCGUUCAUCUUUCCCUCGAUCCUGACUAGUCUCCCAGUCCCUGCUACUGAAAAACAUCCCCACAACAUGAUGCUGCCACCACCAUGCUUCACCGUAGGGAUAGUGCCAGGUUUCCUCCAGACGUGAUGCUUGGCAUUCAGGCCAAAGAGUUCUAUCUUGGUUUCAUCAGACCACAGAAUCUUGUUUCUCAUGGUCUGAGAGUCCUUUAGGUGCCUUUUGGCAAACUCCCAGCGGGCUGUCAUGUGCCUUUUACUGAGGAGUGGCUUCCGUCUGGCCACUCUACCAUAAAGGCCUGAUUUGGUGGAGUUCUGCAGAGAUUGUUGUCCUUCUGGAAGGUUCUCCCAUCUCCACAGAGGAACUCUGGAUCUCUGUCAGAGUGACCAUCGGGUUCUUGGUCACCUCCCUACCAAGGCCCUUCUCCCCCGAUUGCUCAGUUUGGUCGGGCGGCCAGCUCUAGGAAAGGUCUUGGUGGUUCCAAACUUCUUUCUUUUAAGAAUGAUGGAGGCCACUGUGUUCUUGGGGACCUUCAAUCCUGCAGACAUUUCUUGGUACCCUUCCCCAGAUCUGUGCCUCGACACAAUCCUGUCUCGGGCUCUAUGGACAAUUCCUUCGACCUCAUGGCUUGGUUUUUGCUCUGACAUGCACUGUCAACUGUGGGACCUUAAAUAGACAGGGGUGUGCCUUUCCAAAUCAUGUCCAAUCAAUUUAAUUUACCACAGGUGGACUCCAAUCAAGUUGUAGGAUGAUCAAUAGAAACAGGAUGCACCUGACCUCAAUUUGGAGUCUCAUAGCAAAGGGUCUGAAUACUUAUGUAAAUAAGGUAUUUCAUUUUUUAAUUUUUAAUAAAUGUGCAAACAUUUUUAAAAACCUGUUUUUGCUUUGUCAGUAUGGGGUAUUGUGUGUACAUUGAGAUUUCCUUUUUUUAUAUAUAAAUCCAUUUUAGAGUAAGGCUGUAAUGUAACAAACUGUGGAAAAAGUCAAGGGGUCUGAAUACUUUCCGAAUGCACUGUAUAUCCAUUCGGAAUAUGAGUGUGUUUGGCAUGCUGGAUGGGCCUCCCAGUUAUGAAGGCUUCUCCACUGCAUAGAUUACAUAUUUGGUUAAUGUGACAUACACAUUAAUUCCCUAUGGAGACAGAGCUUUGAUUUAUGUUGUUUGCCAGAGUCCCCUAUAGACGGGCCAAGACAGAACAGUAUUUACACAGUAGUGAGUCUAGAUGAGUGCAUAACUUGUUGUUCUACCCUUACAGCAUUUUGGGGUAAGGGUAGUUGGGAGACAUAAGCAAGAACCCUCUCAAUAACUGACUUGAGCUGAAUACAUUGAAGAAAUGUAUUGUUGUACAUGUAGGUUCACUGUUGAAGUGUGACCUUGAUGAGUAAGGGAAUUUGAAGGGCUUCCUUGUUUUUAACUUACAUGCUCCUCUACCAUAGCUGGUAUUAAUUAGGUACUUAUGUCCGGAAGGAACAUUUUUCUCCUGCAGUCGGUGAAAAUGCAGAUAAGGUGUUUCAUAACGGUCCCAAGAGCCUUGUUCAUUACAUGCUCCAUAAAAUGUCCUGUUAAUUAGCUAUGUUUAUUUAUAAACAAUAUUGCCACUUGUAUCUUGUAUAAAAAGGGAUGGAGAGCGCUACAGGGAUACACUUGUAGAUAUUUAAAGAUGGAGAUUGUUCUUUGAUUACCACUAAUAAGUUUGAAAAUUGUAUGCGUCAGUGUCUGAGACUUUGUUGAGAGAGUAGUCUACUGUGAAGGGCAAAUUAUGUCACAUGUUAAGAGCUUUCCACACCUAAAUUGUGCAACAUUUGCCCAUUAUUCUGAAAUAAAUUUUUCAAGCUUUGUCAGAUUGGUUGUUGAUCUUUGCUAGACAACCAUUUUCAGGUCUUUCCAUAGAUUUUCAAGCAGGUAGUCAGUAAUGUGUUGUAUUGGAUUUGCCCCGAACAUGACACUGUAUUCAGGACAACUUUUUUUGCAGUAUUACUUUAGUGCCUUGUUGCAAAACGGAUGUUUUGGAAUAUUUUUAUUCUGCACAGCCUUCCUUCUUUUCAUUCUGUCAAUUAGGUUAGUAUUGUGGAGUAACUACAAUGUUGUGGAUCCAUCCUCAGUUUUCUCCUGUCACAGCCAUUAAACUCUGUAACUGUUAUAAAGUCACUUUUGGCCUCCCGUUGAAAUCCCUGAACGGCUUCCUUCCUCUCCGGCAACGACGUUAGGAAGGACGCCUGUUUCUUUUGUAGUGACUGGGUGUAUUGAUACACCAUCCAAAGUGUAAUUAAAACUUCACCAUGCUCAAAGGGAUAUUCAAUGUCUGUUUUUUUUUUGUUUUUUUUACCCAUCUACCAAUAGGUGCCCUUCUUUGAGAGGCAUUGGAAAACCUCACUGGUCUUUGUGGUUGAAUCUGUGUUUGAAAUUCACUGCUCAACUGAGAGACCUUAGGUAUGAGGUAGUCAUUCAAAAAUAAUGGUAAACACUAUUAUUGCGUCUGCAACUUAUUAUGUGACUGGUUAAACACAUUUUUACUCCUGAAUUUAUUUAGGCUUGCCAUAUCAAAGGGGUUGAAUACUUAUUGACUCAAGACAUUUCGGGGUCGUUUCAUUUUGAAUGAAUUAGUUAAAAAAAAUGAAAAACAUAAUUCCACUUUGACAUUAUGGUAGGCCAGUGACCAAUAAUCUAAAUUUGAUUAAUUUUAAAUUCAGGCUCUAACACAACAACAUGUGGAAAAAGUAAAGGGGUGUGAAUACUUUCUGAAGGCACUGUAUGUGGUCCCACACAUUGACAAUCACAUUUAGUAUUGGAGGGAACACAACUUGGAGGGUAUUGACUAAAGACAGCUUUUGUGUUUCACAGUAUGUGGCUGUAAAAAGGAUUAAGUCUUCUGACUGGCACUUUUAAUCAUUAAGUCCAUUGUCUACUCACUUUCUAUUGAUUGGAAGGAGCUGUGGCUGCCUGUCUCUGGGAAUAAAUGUUGAUCUCUAUCACCUGAAGCUACAGUACAUGUAGGCAAAAGUGAGUUGUCGAAUGAAGUUGUUCCCUGAGGUCCCGUAGUUGAUUGGUUUGAGGGUAUUUCUACUGAGCUACUAAUGUUUUAUUGAUGUUGCCACAUUGAAUGAUUAAUCCUAUGUCAUCUAGUCAUUAGAGCAAUCCUCCCACAUACUGUACAUUAUAUACUAUGACACUCUGUCUGAUAAAAUGAGGCUGGCUUUCAUAGACGGUUUGGUUGUUUUGCAACAAAACCGUUUCAUGCGUGACUAUAGGGCUAAACAGACAGGGUUGGUUUAGAUUGUUGACAAUGUUUAAUGAAAAUGUAAAUAGGUUUGCACAAAUCAGCACUUGUUGUCUCUCAAAUACAUUGUUACAAUUGUUGGUUGGUUAGCUAGUGAAUUUUAGCCAUAUUAAAAUAGAUAUGACAUCAGUCAAAACACCUCAAAUCAUGGUAUCAACAACAAGAUAAAACUAGCUGAAACGAGCCAUCUACGAUUCCCCACAUGGCAGCUUCUUGUCAUUGUUGGUAGCUAUCAGACCAUCCAGAAUCACAACAACACCUUAUUGAAGCGCGCGCAUCGUUUUCUAGAAGUUGUCAGCUAACCCGUCUAUUUGAAACAGGCCAAGGUCGAACAAGUGGUCAGACAGCCUUAGAUUUGAUUAGCCAUCUGGCCACUUGAAAUGGCAGUACACUUUUAUGUCUGAGUUUCAGACCCCUCAGUCAAUUAGUUAUGGAACUAAAAUGAUAUAGCUGACUUGACUUGCUGGCUACAGCACUUUAACAUGCAAUACAACCACAAGGAUACCGUCAAAGAAAGUAAAUUCUUCAUACAUUCUUAACCAUAGCUUUUUACCUUAAGAUGAUACAGAUGUACUGUAUGGGUUAUUUAAUGCGUUCUGCACAGUUCUUCUUGAUAACAGUAAAGUCAAAUACUCUGCAGUGUGAUUUGCUAUAGACAUACAGUAGCUUAAGCGCUAGAAUCAGCACAAGCAAUGUCUGCCUGUUCAUAGAUCAUUGCAGCUCUUGUCUGUUUCAGGUCUGUGCUUUUGGUUGAAAAUGCAUGCUUAUUUUUUUUGGAAAUGUAUUUUGUAUCAAGGACAAAAUUUCAUGAUGUAAAACAGAAUAAAUUGCUUAUUGGAAACCCCCUCCCCCAAAGAAAAAAGGCAGUGGUCAGUAAUGCACUGCAGGUCCAAAGUGCCCCAAUCUUUCUGCUAACAGCACAUUGAACUAGGCCUUGCUAAAGCAAGGUCAUCUACCCCAAGGGCAUAGUUCAAUACUCUAUUUCCCAUCUCUGACUCUGAAUCUCCUUGUGUUUGCAGUUCUUGGGUGUGAUCAUUAGCUGGCUCUACAUCACACGAGUGGAGGAUGCCAUUGCUGAGUAUGGUAACUACCAGGAUGGACUGCUGGACGCAGGGGACAGUGAUGGCUUCAGGGAACCCAAGAAGCAGGGCAGAAUGGCUAAAUGUUGCAGGUGCAUGCCAGAGAUUGACUGA